UCGUCCUCUGUCUAACCAAGUAUGUAGUAAUGAGACGUAAUCAUUUCCAUGUUUUUUUUUAUCUAAUCACAUAAUCAUUUAUUCCUUUAUAAACUCAUUGCAUUCUUUUUCUGUUCUUCAACGUUUUGGUAUUUACUUGUAACUAAUAAGUCAAAGUGAGUGACAGGUGAUCCACUAGUUAGGAGAAAUACAUUAGUUAGCUCAUUUUUAGCGUAGCUUUCGGUGCCACUUUGCCAGCAUUAUGUCUGUGUAAAUUUGUUUUAGAUCUGAUGGUGUAAUUUGGAAUCAUCCCAAAUUAUGUAUACAUCCUUUUCAUAUAUUUAACCUGAUUUUGACCUUUGUGUUAAUGAGUUGUUUACAUUAAGGGUUCAUCAACUACCAACAGGUUCCCUUUGUGCACAUUGUUGUGUUGCAUUGGGUAACCUAGACGGCCAGCUCUUCAUACUGUACAUAUAUAUUUUAUUACUUUUACAGUUUGGCUCUCUUACUCAGAAGUAGUUAACCUUACUUAGGGAUGAAACAUUUGCGAAGUCAUUCUUAAAACUAAAGACAAUGAAUGACUGCAUAUUUUUCUUUUUAUGUGAGAACACAUGGAUUGCUAGCACCUUUGUUCAGAAGGGAUCUUGGUUUCUUAGCCCUAACAUGACACUAAACUUAAUCAUAUGUCUUGCAGCAAUGCAACACAGCAAGGUUAUCUUUCUGCGCCUUUAAUCCUUUUGCCUGUUUUGAACUUUUGGGAAUAUGUGUUCCUUGCAGCAAAAUCUUCCAGAAAGAUCUCAUGUCAUUACAGCUGAAAACUUACUCUAGAUGAUAUUCUUUUUAGUUUUUUCCAAUCUGAAAAAAUGUGUAGCAGAAUCUUCAUCAGCAAAUAGUAAUUCUUUUUCUGUUUUUCAUUCCUGAGCCCAUAUAUUAAUGGAGCUGUCCUUUACUUCCUGUAAAGUAUUUUACAUUAUUCAGUCUUGUGGGUGAUUUUAUGUUCUCACAAAGACCCAAUGUUGUUUGAUAUAACAUGUUGCUAUCUAACAGAACACAUUUUCUGAUUUUGUCUUCUAACCACAAAUUUAAAGCAUUUUCUGUCUUUAGCAAACAGAUAUCCCUCUCUGCAGUGUUUUUGCUGUUGGAGUGUUACAGUGUAAGCAAAGGCGUCAUAACUUAUUGUGUCUCUCUGUACUACAGUAUUUAUUUUAUGGAUGAUUAGUUAUGGUACAUUAUGGGCACAUAAGAAGCAGAGGCUGCCUUCCAUUUUAUUAAAAAAGCAGGAAUAUCUGUUGUCUCACUUUAAAGAGGCCCCUUUUGCUCUCGUAGGUUAAGCAGAAGCCAUCAUCAUUACUUUACAGUUUGGUUCUCUGUUCACAAAACUUGAAGACACGCCUCAGUGGCGUGGUUGGUAUGGUGCUGGGGUCCCACCUCGGUGGUCGCGGGUUCGAUUCUCGGCCGUUCCAUUGAGGAGUGAGAGAUGUGUAUUUCUGGUGACAGAAGUUCACUCUCGACGUGGUACGGAAGUCACGUAAAGCCGUUGGCCCCGUUGCUGAAUAACCACUGGUUCCAUGCAACGUAAAAACACCAUACAAACAAACAAACACAACUUUAAGCAGAAUAACAUUAAACAAAGCCAGUAAUGUCAGUAACAUGUAUACAGAACUUCACCAAGUAAAUGUUAGGAGUCAGGUGGGCCUUUGUGCAGGUGUGUAAGGUAUUUUUGGAUGGGCUAAACUUUUCUGAGGACUGAGUGAGAGGAAUAAUGUUGAAUUUGCUUAAAGGCAUUGCUGGUGAUUGAAAAAUUAUGGAGACAUAACAUUAUAAUUUGUAAUAGGGAGCCACUCAAAAAUAAACCCAACCCCACAAGAAUAGUCUCAAGGGAAUUCCACCAUAAUUGGUGAAAAACCUGUCUCCUGGCCUACGAGUUAUGUCCUCAAUUCCAGCCUUGUUUUAGAAGAAUUCUCUCUCCAAUUAAAACAUCAGUUCAGAGCUAAGAGCAAAUUUAUGAGUAAGCCCAAAGAGAGAAGCCUCUAUUAAGGCGAGGCUGAACUCAGAACUGGUGGAUUAGGUAUCAUGAUGCAAACUGUGACCUGCUCACUGACUAAGAUCCAGAUUGCAGCUGUACUUUACAUUCAGUUAUUUAACCAAGAUACAGUCUGUAAUCAACACCGAACAGGUACUAACUGUUAAUUGGGCAAAAUGUAUUACUAUCAACAUUUUCAUAAAAAUAGGAUGUCGGAGAUUUUAUUUUUUUUCAGUAAGCCCACUUUAAGGUUUUAUCACUAACCCCAUUCACAGUGAAUUAAAUAAGAUAUUAUCGUCUUUCUUUCACUGUUACAAGCUUUGGUCCAUUUGUAAAUAUUCGGAAUCAUUAGAAACAAACUGAAGAAUCCGGACCUCUUUUACAUUAGUCCUCAAGUCUGUCAUUAAUUUUCAUCCAUUCAGUGGUGUUCAAUUCAUUCAUAAUCUUUAAUUUCUUUGUCAAAAAAUUACUUCUCGAAAACCUUUUGAACAAGACAGUUCCAGGCCUGCAAUUAUCUCUUCAAUGUGCCUGAUAUAAAAUAAUUCAAAUUCAAAUCUCUGAAAAUUUUUAGAAUUUUUUGUUUUGAUAUUGUAUUGUAGUUCCAGUUAGUGAAACUUUAUAAUAACCUAAUCCAUCUUUGUUUUGUAUAAUGUUUUUGUAUUUUGAUUGUUUUCACCAUCUCUGCAUGACUGAAUCACAGCAAAAUUAAAUAGACUGUAUUCUCUUGCCCCAUCAUAUUAUCUUAAUUGAUCUUUCAUCGUACUGGCAUUUAUUUCUGAACUCUGGAAUGUUGCUAUAUCAUUUCACCCUUAUUCCUAAAAUCUGUCAUGGAGGUUAACUCUACACGACUCCUUUCCUUUUCUUUGUUUUUUGUUUUGUCACAAUCGCCAGACUUGGCCUACGUAAAGGGGAUCAGCUUGUGUCAGACAAUGCCUGGGACAAUUGUGAAUUUCAGAGAUUGUGUAAGACAACUGGAUGAUAAAUUUGUGCAUUCAGUGUUCAGUGGAAUGUGGAUUCACUCAGAGAGAAAACGGCAGAUUGAAACAAUGAAAAUGCAAACCGUGGAAAUGUGCUGGUUUGUCAUUGUGAAAAAUGGUACAGUAACUGUGUUGUGACUUUGUCUUUGUGCCUAUAUUUAGUUCGCCUUGUAGAACUUGAUCAUUACUAAUGUCACUGGAAGAUGGACUUAUAUUAUCAAGUAGAAUUAGAAGAAAAGACUUGUACAACUCUGUAGGUGCAGUGAAAAUCCAAGCAGAGAUGAUAUACAACUGGUGAAGUGCAGUGAAGUUUUAAAAGCAGAAUGUUUACCACCAUUGAAGUGUAAUGUUUAAACACGUUGUUUCUUUGCUUCCUGGACGCUUGCACAAUCGUUUAUCAUAUUGGAAAUAUGUAGGAAUCCAUCUGAAGGAUGAAGGAACCUAGGAGAAACCAAGGAGCUGAAAAGACAGCGCCGAAGAAAUCAAGUUUGCAUUUUAGUGGUUACCACAACGACUCAGUGUUAUAACAAGAUGGAAGUGGCAAGGGUGAAGCUGAAGUGGAAUAAUCAUCAGUGUAUAUUCAGUCACUACUUGCAAGAGUACCUGUAUUGCAAUCAGCCUCGUUUUUCGGAUGCCAUGAUAGCAUGUGAGGGACGAAUUUUCAUGGUCCACAGAAUAAUCUUAUCUACAUGCAGUCACUUCUUUGAUGAGAUAUUUCAGAAGACUCCCAACGACAAUGCCCGACCUGUUAUUAUCCUGAACGACGCGUCAGUUGAGGCUGUAGAAUGGCUUCUCUCAUACAUGUAUUGUGGUGAGGUGACAAUACCUAAGGAUUCCCUCCCUUUGCUGUUCAAAUUAGCUGAGCAACUCAAGAUCAAGGGUCUGUCUCAGUUGGAGAUUCCAGAUUUUGAGAAGAGGCUGCCUGUACCUGGUAAUGUUGAAGGUCAGGGUGAUGGCACUGCUAAUAAAAAUGUUGCAAAGUCACACAAGAGGAAAUUGUCAGAGGGCAAUAAUGUUCAGACCAAGAAAUCUACAUCAUCUGUCUCAGUCGGACAACAGUCAGAUUCUCCAAGUUUUGUGUUGACUCCUCCCUUACAAACAGUCGCUGCCUCUGCAACAAACAUGUCUUUUCCUCAAAAUGGUUCUCCUGUGAUUGUAACAAGCACUGUGCCUGGUUCCCUGUCUUCAUCAAGCAUAAUUAUAAAACCUCCAACUGCAACGCCGUUGGCAAGUAGUAUGGGAACUCGUAUAAUACCUCCUCCCAAUGUUGUAAGGCCAGAGACAAUGUCAUCGUCCUCAUUGCCAAUUGUAACCAUACCAGUGUCUGCCUUGCCUGCAGGAGUCCAAACCUCUGUCAGUUCUGGUUCUCCAAUGCUCCAAACCUCUGUCAGUUCUGGUUCUCAGAUGCCAAUUCUAACCAACUGCCUUCUUGGAAAGUCAACAGUUAUACCAAGCUCUGUACCAUCUUCAACAGCUGUAACUUCAUCAGGGUCAUCCACAAUCAUUGUAACUUCCUCAACCAGACAUAAUGGAUCAAUUAUUACAGAGAAUUCUGCCUUUAACUUCUUGCCAGUUGGCACAACUACUGACCACCCUCUACUGACUGAGAUCAAAGAGGAAGUAAAGGAAGAACCCCUUACCUUGGGCCCAGACGAUCCAUUGUCCAUGGAUAACGUCGAUGACUACGAUGAUGAUGACUUCAGUAAUUGGAGUGUUGAUGACACUCCAGUGUUGCCAGAAGCAAUGUCAUCAGCAUCCAACUCAACCUCCACAAAUGCACACAUGUUGGUACUACCUAGAGUGGUGAGCUCGCUGAGUAUGGCUGAAGUUUUAUCCAGUAAAAAAAAAUUAAAGAGUAACGACACAGCCUCUGAAACUGUUCGAGAACAAGCUGGCGGAGGUGAGGGGGAAGGAUCAUCCUGUGGUGAAGAAGGGGGAAGUGUUAGUCGUUCACAGCACGUCCUUCCACAAAUAGUACCACCGUUUAUGGCAAUGAAAACACAUGUUAAAGCUAAAUCCAAAGACAAUAAGAGCAAAGUUCAGCAGUCUCAAGGUCACAUUCAAGGCGAUAAGCAACCGCCAGCUAGUGAUGUGGAAGGACCUGUGAAGAUGUACACUUCAGAUGUCGUUGAUGUUAAAAAGGCCUAUUUACCUCAGAAAACACCUGAAAAGACUGACAUGCCUUGCCGCAUAAAAGUUGUAACCAAAAGUGUGAAGAAAGAUGAAUACACGCCGUCCAAAGAAGUUGUAGAUGGGAAUGUUCAGAGUGAAAAAAGGCAACCGGAACCAUGCAAUGUAACUAUUACCAUGCCACCAGCAAGGAGUGUUAAUGAGCCUCAGAAUCAGUAUUCCAACUUUGAAGAUGAUGCAGGACUCAGAGAAAUGAUGGAAUUUAUCCAAGAAGAAUCGGAUAAUAGCCCAGUUUUUGUUCCAAUAGAAUCGGAGAAGAAAAGGAAUCAGCCUUAUUUGAUAAGGUCGACCAAAAUUGCUACCAAGAACGACGAACCCGUGAAGUUUUGCUUGAGAGGAGCUAAGGCAAACCAGAUUGUGACCAUAUGCAUGAGAUAUACAGAAGAGAAAUACAAACACAUACCGGUGAAUCCAUGCCGACUUCAUCAAAAGGAUAAUGGAAAUUCUAAUUUCCUGAUCUCUUCUAUUGGUGGCAGCCCUGUCAUGUACAGGAAUGAUGAAGAUGGCCAUCCUACUGCCCAUAUGGUCAUUGGUCACGUGGACAUGGUUGAGAUGUCAAAUUUCAUUUUUUUUGUCACUUUCAUCUGCCUUAAUUCAUGUCACAAAAAUAAUGGAAAGAAAAUGGAACUUGUGUGCAAGCUGUUGGAUCCGACCACUAGUCAAGUGGUGAGCCAGAGUAACUUCGAGGUACGAGUUUGUAAAAAUGUCAAGAGAGACUACAAGGAAGUCAUCCAAGGAGGAGACAGCCAGUGCCUUAAAGUGCUUGUGCGACCUGAUGCUUACCUGUACCCAGAAGAGGUUGUCCUUACGGAUGGAAAAAGUGCCGGGAAAAGUCAUGGUCUUGCCUCAGGGAGUGGAAGCAUUCAAGCGCUUGAGGAUAAGGUACCAAUAGCUGAAGCAUUGACAUUAGCAAAAAAGCAGGACAACCAAAACCAUGAUCUUUAUUUGAUACGCCUCCCAAACUCUAAGCGAGGGAAGUUGGUUUUGGAUUUGGUUCGUGAGUUUGAGAAAACCAUGUUAGACUUGGAAAAUAGUCCUGCAUCUCAAGAUACUGUUGGUAAUGAUCAAGAAUCUCUUUGAUUCAGCAGAGUUGCCGCAUGGUAAGUCAAGUAAGACUCGAUUGCACACACAAUCUGAAAAUUCUAAGGUUGAAAACCUAUACUGCCAAAGUGUACAUUAAUGAACUACAUUGCUGUUCCCAAGUUUUUCCGUUAGUUAUAGCUAGUAAAAAAAUAUUUAGUAUUUUGUUAGUAUUUGUCACAAUUUGCAUUGACUAGUCUACCUAGAGAAAAGUAUCUUUGAGUUUUGUACCCAAUAAUGAGAGGAAAUGUCAUCUCUAAUUUAGAUUAAAUGGUGAUAAAGUGAUUUAUGUUCAGAGAAAUGCAGUGACAACGUUAAGAGUUUGAACUGAGAAGUAGGAUUGUAAUGCUGAGCUUUGGUGUUCCAGGACAGCAUUUGGACAUAAUACCAACAUUACAACGGGAUUGAAUUGGUGAUAAUUGUUUGUAUGUGAGGGGUAUUGUGGCAGUUCAAAACACUGAAAUUGUUAGAAAAGUGUGCGCCCAAAACUAUUCUUUGGGAUGUUACAUUUAUCAUCACCGGUGUGGAAAGCAUUUCCAUAUCCCAGUGAAUGCUGACUCUUACCCAGUUAAGUAAAAUACUAUUACAAUAUUCACUGAAUAAUGUAAGAGGUUUAUGUAUGUCUUUUGUUCUCCCGUGGGGAUCCUUUUUGAACUAGUAGUUCAUUCAGGUAGUGUUAAGUACAUAUCUCCCUCCCAUAUUAAGUUACAGCACUUGUAAUAAUUAUACAAUGGAAUACAAGACUAACAAUCUUAAUCUAUUGUAAUAAUUUUAUAAUGGAAUACAAGAUACUUUAACAAUCUUAUCUAUUGUAAUAAUUAUAUAUAAUACAAAAUACUUUAAUAAUCUUAUCUAUUAAAUAUUACUUUCUUCUAUGUAAUUUAACUUAUUCUGCAGUAUCCGUAAUCAGAUCCUUUUAUUGACAAGAAGAGUUUUUUUUUUUUUUUUUUUUUUUUUUUUGUGGGGAUGAAAUUGUUCCACUUAGUUCCUAACAUAUCCUAUCCUCCCACAGAAACUUCAAAAUGUGUGCGUAAAAAUAGUAAGUCUUAUGAGAAGGUGACUAUAGUUUCAGGUAAUUCCCAUUCAGAAGCAUUGCAAUGCCAUAUUUCAAGGAGGGGAAUGUUCAGAAGAAGCAUUUGAUGCUAUAAGUCAGGCCACUGAAGCCUCAGAAUAAAUUUGAUUUCUAGGUAAUGUGAAUAAGCUCUCAUUAAAGUUUUUUUUUUUUUUUUUUUUUUUUUAAGACAAUUUGGUUGAAUGUACUGAGCCCAAUUCUUUUGUGGUGGGACAUACAGUAUAAUUUGCUGUGAAUUUUAUUAUGACAGUUGCAGCAAAAGGCAGUGAGAAGCUCAGAAAUUUCUCUGUUCCUUCAGGGAAACUGGGUACAUCCUUACUCCUCAAACCGUAAGAUUUGUAUUGUGGUCAUGCAUUUAUGCUUCUCAUUUGUAUCAGAUUAUGCACAGAAGUAUUUUGUAAAUACCUGUAAAAAGACAGAGGUAUGUAAGUGUAAGUUUUUGUUAUUGUAUUAGGGAACCAAAUUUGGGAAGGGCGGGGGAGUGUCUGUAAAUAGUAUGAAUUCUUCAUUAUAAACAAGAAUUGGAUAUAAUACUGUACCAUGAAUAGCAUUAAAUGCAGUUAUGUUGAUAUCUUAGGAGCAACACAAGAUUAUGGUAAUAAAGAGUGUUGAAACAUUCAAAGUAAUAUGAAUUUCAUUUUUAUUAUGUUAAACAUAGUAUUGUUAAAUUACGUAAUUAUAAGAUAUCCUACUCCAUGCAAACAAAGUUAGAAUUAAUUUUUUUAUUAUUUUUCUUAGAUUACACCUGCUUUUGCUGGCACAAAAUUUCCUUGUUGCAGUUUUUCAUUCUAUUGACAUUUUUCUUAGCUGUAUGUUGUCUGGUGAAAUCAGUAUUUAUAUUAUUAACUUGUAAAUGGGGUUUAGACAGUAAAAGAGGCACUUAGGAGUUUUGUUAAAGUGGGAUAUGAAUUGCAUGGAAAAUGAAUUAUCUUUAAGAAUGAGAGUAUGUUGAAACAGAUCUCUCAGUUCUUUUCCAGAAUUAUAUUUAAAUUUUUAUGUCCUGCCAAUGUGCAGAGAUUAAAGUUUUUCACUUGUUCUGUAGUCAGUUGUGCAGAUAGCAUUCUGUUUAAUAUUUGUUUUAAAGACCUUUGGUAGAAUAUUGCGCAGAUGACAUCUUCAAAGAAUUGUUUUCUCUCAGAUAUUUUAUAUUUUGGAAACAUUUACCCAGAUAGUUUAUAUUUUUAGGAACUUUGAAUUGUAAGCAAUUGUAUUUAUGGAUGGUCCACAUUUUAUGAUGACUCAGAUGAUAAGUGACAAUAAAUUGAAAAUAUUUCAACAUUGUAUGACCCAUGUUUAAUAGAACAUUGCAGUAGUCAGUUUCUUAAUCCUGUAUACCAUAUGCAGCAAAAUGUUCUCUUAUAUAUAUAUUUUCACUUCAUGGUUUUAAUUUGGAGUCGAUAGUGAAAAGGUACUCAAAUGAUAUGACUUGAAAAUGCUGUUAUUGCCAAAGUGGCAGAAUUUUCAUAUGUUGAAAGGAAAAUGUGGCUAAGGAAGAAGUGUGUGUGUAUGAGUUUUUCCUCUUCUUUUUAAAUGGAUAGUUGAAACAUUGGGCAUCAUCCAGCCACAUCACUUUCAGAUGUGUACUAUUUGUAUAAUUGUUAACUUACAAAAUGGCAUGUAUAACAUUCUCUGAUUUUAGUCAAGGAUGGCUACCACAGCUCCAUUAGCAUCGUCAUUUAUCAAUUUUUCCAAAAAUAAAUCAAGUGUCAUUGAAAGUAAAGUGAAUUCCACAUGCAAAAAAUUUGCUCAAGUGAACAUAACAUUGGGAUCUCACUAAGACAAAAAUUUGCAUGAAAUAAUAUUCUAAUUCAAGGAUGAUAACAGUUACUGUACUAAAUUUAAUUUUUUUUUUUUGCUUCAGUCAUUUGAAGAAUUAAAAUUUAAGAUUCAGACCAGAAUUAAGUUGCUCUUGAGGGGCUGGAUGUGAAGUAAUAGUUGGUAGCAAUCAUUAAUGACAUUAUCCAUGUGUUUCAUGGGAAAGUGUUCUUGGGAGUUUAUGUAAGAUUUGAGAAUGUUAGCAGUUAGUGUAUAAGGUAUCAAGACAGCACAGCAAAUAAUGAUGAUAAAUUUCAGGUAUGAAUUUAUGUACUAUAUUGUAUAUAUAUAUCUUUCAUCUUCUAUUUUUUAAGGAAAAAACUGGUAUAUUGCAAGUAAUUGCUUGUAUAUAUUUCAUAGGUGUUUUUAAAAUUUUUAUUUACAUUUGUCUGAGGGUAUGGGUUUUGGUAUGGCUAUAGAAGGCAAUCUUGGCGUAUAUAUGUUGACCUCCAGACUUUUAGGUGAAAAUCUGGGUUUAUAACUAACUGCCUUGCAGGCCAACCACCAAAUGUAGUUCAGCCAUGAUUCAUUAAUGUGUCAGAGAGCGCCUCAGUGGCACGGUUGGUAUGGUGUUGGCGUCCCACCUCGGUGGUCGCUGGUUCGAUUCUCGGCCAUUCCAUUGAGGAGCGAGAGAUGUGUAUUUCUGGUGAUAGAAGUUCACUCUCGACAUGGUUCGCAAGUCACGUGAAGCUGUUGGUCCCGUUGCUGAAUAAUCACCGGUUCCAUGCAACAUAAAAACACCAUACAAACAAACCAUGUGUAAAAGAAGUCCACAUUCUGGCCAGAUCUGCACUUGAAGAUAGGAGGAGCAUUCAAGACUGCAAAGUAUAAUGAAGAGAAUAUAACAGCCCAAGUCUCCAGCUUUCCAAUGAGUAAGAUUGCAUAAUUUUAGUGGAGCUCCUCUAUUGUGAAACCAUGGCUUGUAUAGGGGAAUAGUACAAGACCCUUUGAAAUGUCCAUGGAAACAUUGGUUUUAUCCAGUCUACUAAGGAAGGAAAUUUGAGUUUGUGUGCAUUUCAACCUUUGGUUGUGUUAAAUUCAUUCAAGAUUACAACACACUACCAGUAUAACAUUGUCAAUGUGGCCUAUCAAGUUACACUAUGCACUGAAGUCUUGCUGAGACACAGUACAUCCACCAUUAUUCUUCAAGUUUGGCAUUGGCAAAGAGAAGGAAGAGGUCCUCUCCUCUUGACAUGUCAGUGGAUCAAGGCUGAGCAGAAGGUAGUAUGAUUCUGCAAUACGACAACUAGUGAUUGACCUGCUUCCUUGACCAGACUUUUCAAUAUUGGUGAAAAUAGACCUGUACUUAUGACACAAAAAGAAACCAUUUGAUCUAAAAAUAUAUAUAUAUAUAUACGUACAGUGCAAUGUUUCACUGCCAAAACAUCAUAAUCUCAGUUCUUAGUUUUCCGAUCUUAACUUUAUUUUCUAAAGCCUAUAGAUCGUGAAUCUGAAACCCACAGAUCAUCAAUUAUUCAAGUAAAAGAAUAUAUUUUUAUUAUGUAUGCUAAAUGUUGGUACUCAUUUUGACUAUUUCUUGAAUAUUAAUCAUCAUUGUCUAUCAUGACUGUGCUUUGAAUUGAAAUCAUUAUAAAAUACUUGUAUUUUCAUCAGUACAUGAAUUUCUGUUCCCUUAUUCCCAAAGAGAAGUUCAUUUUCAGACAUGGACGUCCAGAUAUUAUACAUGCAUGUACCUGACAUUUGUCAAGUCAUUAACUCCUACCUUAUGUUUAUUGAAGCUUAGUAAAUGAAAAUACCAGUGAUGUCGUUAUAAUUCCAGAACACAUGAAACGGAUUUGCACAAACAUCUUUAAUCAUGAAAACAGCAAGUGCAGAUACUUGCCAAAAGACUCAUGAAUACUUUAUAUGUUCAGGAAAGAAUUCUGUGAAAUAUAAAUCUUAUCUUGUGAUGCGUAUGUAAGUGGAAGAAUUUUGGCCUCUUUUCUAGAUAAUGACCCCUAGGUUUUUUUAGGUUCGUUAUCUAGAACUAACAUUUCUUGAGGAUCAUCAUCUUUAUGAUAUGUACAGUCUUUAGAGUAUCUUUUACAGUAAUCCUCAACGGGCUUGUACUAAACACGCCGCAAAGGUGAGUAGGUACAUACUGAGUUAAAACCCUUAAGGAUCACUAUCUAGGAAAGAUCUGAAUUCUCUGAAAUAUAAAUCUUGUGGUGAUACGCAUCCAAAUGGAAGAGUUUUGAUGUAUGAUACACAGUGCUCUGUACUUUGUUGGCUAUUAAAGUUAAAAAAAGAAAAUGCUGCAAGUGGUGAAAAUAUGUAUUGCAGCAACAACUCUAAUGUAAAUAGUUUUUCACUGCAACCUAAUACCUCAACUGUAAGUGUUUAGCACAAAGUGCUGUAGAAUUGCUUGUACAUAUAAUUUUUGCCAGUGUGUUUGUAACAGAUAUUUGUAAAGAUGCUUUGAUAUAAUCAGUGAAUAGUUUGUAGGAUGCAGUUGCAAGAAAUAACACAAGAAAUUACCAAAAUCUGCCAUUUAGCUAUUGUUUCAUUUUUGAGAAUGAAUUGCUUCAGGUAGACAAAUAAAUGGAAAAUGAUAGUUACUGGCAGCUUGUAAUGCGAAUUAAGAUACAGUGAAACUUAUUUUGCACUUGCCACAUCUUCAAAGUGUGGUUUCAAGAGUUUAAAGUACAAGAUUGUAAUUUGCUGUUGUUUAGGUAUACAAUAAAUAUAAUGAGCAAACUUA